AACCAAAUAAAAUAAACAAGAACGCCAGUCACCCCUGAGACACCGUGGCGUGAGGUUAACACGUCCUAGUUCUGUGUUUAAUUGAGUGUGGUAGUGUAGUCAUGUCCAGCCAGGGGAGAGGAGGUGCGCACUACUUUGUUCUGGUCCACCCGUGCAUUAUCGCCUUCAUCGGUUCAGGCCUCGUCAUGAUGGCGCUGACGUGGAAGUGUCCAGAAGUCUUUAAGAAUGAGCACCUCGGGUUACUGGGUCAGUUUCUUCACUGGCUGGGUACUGAGCACAACACCUUCAUGAUGCUCGUAUUUACACCAGUUAUGACAAUCCACGUGAUGGAGGCAGUGGUGGCAGUGUACCUGUGUGGGACACUGGGCCUCACUCCCCCCACCACUGUUCUCUGGGUCGCUCAGAUCUUAGUGGUCGGCAUAUUAUCACUAAGGUUUCUCAUCUGGCCUUUACGAGACGUACAAAAUGAUGCCAAAACAACAAAACGUGAAUAGAUGGUAAGGUAGAGGACAUUACUCAGUCGAGUGUUCAUACUUGCCCGCCCCAGCUUGUAUGACGAUUUAAAUGAAUAAAUAUCUAUCUAUA